ACUUCUGGCGAAACGACCCAAUCGUUGCCCUGAAAUAGGCAGAAAGCUCGGGCGCCUGUGUGUGUUAUUGGUGGGGGUGUGGCCCGGCCGGGGUUUAGCCAGACUGCGCGGCCGGACGCCGGCGCCAUGGAGGAGUACGCUCGGGAGCCUUGCCCAUGGCGAAUUGUGGAUGAUUGCGGUGGUGCCUUCACUAUGGGUGUUAUCGGCGGUGGAGUCUUCCAGGCCAUUAAGGGCUUCCGCAAUGCCCCUGUCGGAAUUCGGCACCGAAUGAGAGGCAGUGUCAACGCUGUGAGGAUCCGAGCCCCUCAGAUUGGAGGUAGCUUCGCAGUGUGGGGGGGCCUGUUCUCCACCAUCGACUGCGGUCUGGUGCGGCUGCGGGGCAAGGAAGAUCCCUGGAACUCCAUCACCAGCGGAGCAUUGACCGGGGCUGUGCUGGCUGCCCGCAGUGGGCCAUUGGCCAUGGUGGGCUCGGCAAUGAUGGGAGGCAUUCUGUUGGCCCUCAUCGAGGGUGUUGGCAUCCUCCUCACUCGCUACACCGCCCAGCAGUUCCGCAAUGCACCCCCAUUCCUGGAGGACCCCAGCCAGCUGCCCCCUAAGGAGGGUACCCCGGCCCCAGGCUACCCCAGCUAUCAGCAGUACCACUGAGGAAGUGACCGCCUGUCAUCGCCACUGUGGGAGCUCCUCCUCGGUUCCCCCCGCGAUGAUCUACCUCGAAGGGAGGGCUGGCUCCCAGUUGGCCCUGGGACCCUCCAGAGAGGGCCUCUACUCUGUUCCCUUAUCCCAGGUUGGGGGUGGGGCACCCCAGCUGCCCUGAUGGAUGGGUCCCUUCUCUCUCAGGCACCCCAGCCCCCACUCAUAUGUAACAAGCUCUCACCCCAAUCCCUUUGCAUGGCACCCUGAUCAGUAUUUAAAGCCAGUUUUGAAAUGCC